AUGCCACGCGCAGUCCCGUUCCGGCAGGAGCAUCCGCUAGAGAAACGGCGAGCUGAGGCCGAGCGGAUCCGGGACAAGUACCCCGACCGCAUCCCGGUCAUCGUGGAGAAGGCGGAGCGUAGCGACAUCCCAGACAUCGACAAGAAGAAGUACCUCGUUCCGAGCGACCUCACCGUCGGCCAGUUCGUGUACGUCAUCCGGAAGCGGAUCCGGCUCAACCCACAGCAGGCCAUCUUCAUUUUCGUCAACAACGUGCUGCCGCCGACGGCUGCGCUGAUGGCGUCGAUCUACGAGGACUACAAGGACCCGGACGGCUUCCUGUACGUCACGUACUCGUCGGAGAACACCUUCGGGUGA